AGUCCAAUAAAACCCUAAACGUGACCACCAGGUGUCGCCCCAAACCACUUUUCUUUUAAUAAAGCUAUGAGCUUGGUUACUAAGGUAAUGAAAAUGAUGUCUGCUCACGUCAGAAAGAACAACAUUGCAGGUGUAAGCUCAAACUGACACAUUAUUUUUUCAUCUCUGGUGCGGCUGAAGCUCGACAAAACUUAAUAUUUAAAAGAAAGAUGUGCAAACUUGAAGAGAACGGGCUUUAGUUCCUGAAGCCGCAGGUUAUCUCCAUCUAGAUUUAGAGAGCUGACGUAGUUUAGGUGAUGGACAAGAAGGUGCGAGCACCAGUUUGCACGUGAAGCAGCCCAAAAGAUGCAGAGAACAAAACGAGCUUGAUGUGUUUGCAGAGCUGCUGAUGCUGUCCUCCAUCCGUAGCUUAGUGAGAGGAGAACGAGCUGAACGCUGCAUGCAUGUGGUGGUUGUGAUGCGUUGUCUCUGGCGCGCGCGCGCUCCGCAAUUGUAAUGGGCGCGCGGAAGAUGAUGAGAGCGUGACCUCACCGCUUUCUGCACAGCUGCUGGAGAGAGGAGGAGACGCGCGGAGAGACACAAACACGCCGAGGGAGACAGAGAGAGAGAGAGGGGUCCACAGCGGAGGACAGUCUGAACACCGCGGGGGAAAACUGUUUGGGAAAAGAGGAGGACGCCGUCGCGGGGCGUCCGUGGACACGCGCCCGCUGGUUCGCCACGCAGAAUGUUUUGCGUUCCCAGCUCAUUUCCACGGUACAAGAAGAAGAAGUCCCCGCGGCGUCUGCACGGACACUGAAGCCCAGAUGCUCACCCUCUCCGCCGACAUGGACGACUCCUCGUCGCUGCUGGAUCUGUUGGAGUGUUCGGUGUGCCUGGAGCGCCUGGACACCACGGCCAAGGUGCUGCCGUGCCAGCACACCUUCUGCCGCCGCUGCCUGGAGAACAUUGUCAGCUCCCGGAACGAGCUCCGCUGCCCGGAGUGCCGCAUCCUAGUGGACUGCGGAGUGGACGACCUGCCGGCCAACAUCCUCCUGGUUCGACUCCUGGAUGGUAUCAAGCAGCGGCCGCAGCGAGGAGGAGGAGGAGCAGGCGGCAGGCAGUCUCUAGCUGGAGGUUCGCUGCAGGGGUACGCAGCCGGGAUAUCCGCUUCUCCUCCGGGCACAGCACUCAGAGAGCUGCCCGUGGCCACCCGGAGCUCCCCUGUCAAGAAUAUCCCAGCGCUGCCUUGUGGAAAAGCCCUCUACUCAUAUGAAGGCAAGGAGCCGGGCGAUCUUCAGUUUUCCAAAGGUGACAUCAUAAUACUGCGACGUAAGGUGGAUGACAACUGGUACCACGGGGAGCUGAAUGGUUGCCACGGCUUCCUGCCAGCCAGCUACAUCCAGCUGCUGCGUCCUCUGAGUCAAACUCCACCUCAGGGCAAAGCACUGUAUGACUUUGAGGUCAAAGACAAAGAUCAAGAUAAAGACUGUCUGGCCUUCAGCAAGGAUGAGGUGCUGACAGUAAUCAGGCGAGUAGAUGAGAACUGGGCAGAAGGCAUGCUGGGAGACAAGAUUGGUAUCUUCCCUAUUCUUUAUGUCGAGUUAAAUGAAACAGCGAAGCAGUUGAUGGAGAUUGACAAACUGAUGCCAGCUAAUGCACCAGGUCCCAGCUCUGAACCAGCUCCAUUGGGCCCCUGCACCCCUGGGCCCUCCCCCAGUGCCUCCCCGUCUAAUGGAAAUGGCUCCGGCCAUAAAAGAGGCGAAGGAAAGAAAAAUGCGAAGAAGCGACAUUCAUUUUCCGCACUGUCUGUUAGCCAGAGAGCUGCCCAGCUCAACAACAGACACAGCAUGGAGAUUUCCCACCCAGUUCUAAUCAGCUCCUCUGACCCCAGAGCUGCUGCACGUAUUCAGGAUGCAUCUCCUCCGGGUCCCUCCCCCUCCUCGGUGGGUGUACCUCUCCCUCCCAAAGUGGCGUCUCUAACCUCUGAGCUGCUGGCCCAUGCCAAGGUGCAGCUACCACUCAACAUAUAUCUGGCUCUAUAUGCCUACAAGCCUCAGAAAGCCGAUGAGCUGGAGCUCAGGAAAGGGGAGAUGUACCGGGUGACAGAGAAGUGUCAGGAUGGAUGGUUCAAAGGCACGUCACUGAGAACCGCCGCCUCUGGUGUCUUCCCAGGAAACUACGUCACUCCCGUGUCCAGGGCACCGUUUGGGCUCAGCGCUACUCGAGGCUCGUGUUUGUCCAGUCCAGUUGGAGGAGGAGGCAAAAUCUCAGACCCUUCGUCACCAGGAUCCCCUGGCCCCUCUUCGUCCCGUCCCUCCACUCCACUCGUGACCUCAGCAAACAGCAUCAGCCCCGCCUCCUCGCCACAAACUGCCUCCGCCCAGCUGAAGAACUGCCUGCGUUCCAGCCAGCAUACAGUAAACCAGGCGCGCACCUCAAUGCAGCUGGUCCACAGUCCCCCUGCUGGAAGUCCAGAGCGCCCCGCUGUGGCCGUCUCCCCCCUGCGCCCUCAGAGCUCCUCUCCAUCACGCUGUCCAAGCCAAUCGGGUCGUCCUCUCUCCAUGGUGUCUCCAGGCCCCUCCCCCCUCUCCUCACCAGCUUCACGCCCCAUCCUCCCCCUCUCCUCCCCGCUGUCCUGUCUCACACCUCCCAAUGUGUCCGCAAUUUUCCUGAACGGUGAUUCGGCCAGUCCGCUGCAGCCGCCGUCCCCUGGGCCCUCGCACGCCGCCACACAAGGCGUCCUCACACCCAAAGCAGACAAGCCUCAGAAGGAGAGGAAAGCAGCGGGGUUGUUGAAGCUCCUUUCAGGGGCUGCCGCCAAAAAGAAACCACGUUCUCCUCCAUCCUCUCCUCCCAGUGGACCCGCAGACCCCACCCGCCAUCUUCACCAUCACCACCACCAUGCCCGCUCAGGUUCCUGUCCACUGGUGUCACAGGGACGAGCCGGUUCAUGUCCAAUUGAGAGCGAGAUGGGGGCGAUAGGGCUGGAGCCUCUGCACAGGAAGUCCGGGUCCCUGGACACCAACUUCCCCUUGUCUCCCCCAGCAACAAGAGCCAGCAGUGCUCUUAUGGUUCUACGGCCUGAACCCAAACCCUUGUCGAGAGAGAGGUAUCGCGUGGUGGUUCCUUACCCUCCUCAGAGUGAGGCGGAGAUCGAACUGAGGGAAGGGGAUGUGGUGUUUGUUCAUAAGAAGAGGGAUGAUGGUUGGUACAAAGGCACGCUGCAGAGGUCAGGACAGACGGGUUUGUUUCCCGGCAGCUUCGUGGAAAGCUUCUGAGCUACAGGAAGUGGACAUUUUACUUGUUUUUCUUUUUACCUGUUUGUCCAACUAUUACACACACACACACACACACACACACACACACACACACACACACACACACACACACACAGAGACCUUCAAAAAGGUUGGACAAAUAUUGGAAUGCAAAUUUUCCUCCUUGUUUGCCCUUAAAUUUUGAAAAUGUUUUAAAUGAGACAUAUUACGACAUUUUAUUCUUAAGUUAUAAUAGUUCCAUGGUCGAUACAAAACACGUUAAUGAAUUUUUUUUUGCACAAAAUCCCUCUCACAUAAAGCGAUCACAGCAGUUUCAGGAGCGCAAGCUAGAGCUGGCCACGCCCACUCAUCACUGGCUGCUAUAAGCUGAGAUGCUUCUAUAUCUGGGUGAGGCUCAGAGUAGAGCCGCAGCUCCCCCUGCAGCAGCAUGUAUGUGAGAGGAGGUUAUAUUCUACUUCGGUGACAUAACAAACUGGGAUUUUUUUUUUUUUUUUGCACAAAAUUACUAAAAGCAAAAACUAACAAAAAAACAGAUGGUCGUAUUUUUUCAUGUUCGGAGUGUUUAUAGAGGCAGUGGUGAAUGACAUGGCAGCACAAAAUGACGUAAAAGAGGAGUUUGUCUCAUAAUUUUACCAGAAUUUCAAGACACACACAGCAGUUUUUAACACUUUAACCAAUUCCGUCAAAAGUGGGGUUUAAUGAUUGUGUAAGUAGAAACUUUAGCAACUUCACUUGGGACAGCACUCUGCAGCCCUCUGCCCAUCAGAAACGGCACUUAACAGUUUUGUGGCUAGGUGUUAGGGCUGGGCAAUAAAUCGAAAAUUGAUCUUUAUCGAAAUUUCUGACUCUUAUUGUGUUAAUUUUUCCCAUGUCAAUAAAUUGAUAACACCAAAACGAAAAGAUGUGUGUCAGUUGGCAACGUUCAUGUCCCUUUAAGAAGCUGUACCAAGUUGAGUCACAUAAAAAUGGGACUCAACGUAAUGCAUGUGACAGCCCCAUCUAGUGGACAACUUUUGUUUCUGCGCAUACCUGUAGUUAUCGUCCAUUUAUCUCGAGGUGAAAUCUUUAUUUAAAUCUUUAUUGUUAUAUUAAUUUUAGGCCACAUCACCCAGCCCUAGUGUCCUAGGCGGUGCUCUUUACCUGCUAACGGCUGUUAGCUAUUUUCUGUGCCGUUGCUAAUAUAAAAGCUAGCAGUUAGCUUUUUUCAGUUUGUCUACCGUCAGUAAGAAACACAAGAAGAAGAAAAACAAAGUUUGCUUUAUUGUUGGCAUCAUGGUGGAGCCUGGAAGUAAAACUCAGAGAAUGUCUUUGGAGGCGCAGCAAAGGGGUAAACGUGAGUGAACAUCAGUGUGGCCUUACAAAAUCAUGAGCUUAUGUUGACCUGGCUUUGUUGCUACUGGAUUUGUAAGUAUUUAAAAAAAAAAAUUGCCCAAAAGUGUGUUAAUUCGUGGCUUAUUUGGUAUCAGCUCAUGUUAGUGUUAGCUCGUUGUUAGCGCUAGUUACAGCAGGCUGCUGCAGGGUUGUUUACCACAGUUGCUAUUCCACUUUCAACCAGUAGAAGGGAGACGGUGGAAAUUGUUUAGUGUUACUUUAAAUCAAAUUUCACAUAUUUCCCCCUCUUUAAUCGGCUAAGCAAUACUGAAGUUUUCCUUUUCGUGCGCGUUUAAUGCAGCCUCAAAUCACCUUUUCUGUCAAUAGACUUAAGAAAUCCAUAUUAGUCCAACUAUCACACACACACACACACACACACACACACACACACUCACUCUCACACACAUUUUUAUUGUACAGAAAAAGCUAUUCCCAGCUCUAGUAAGCAGUGUGGGGUUUACCAGUUGCUCGCGUUCUAGAGUUGCAACGUUGACUACUGAAGGCACAGACUCAGAAAGACGAGCCUCCCAGUUCUCCUUUCUGGCGUCAUCCACCAGCAAACACUAGCACAAAAACAGUUUGCUCUGUUCUUUUGGUUUGUUUCAGUUUUACUUUCAUUGAGACCUCAGAACUUGAAUCCAGGUGCUUUCUUUAUUAGAGACGGGAACAUUUUACAGCCAGGUGAACACAUUUGACCCAGAGUCCUGGAUCUUCGGAAGCACAUCUCCUCGUCUGCAAUGUGAGCACACAUUUUGUUCCGGCCCUAUUAAUGUUGAUUAAUGCAUGUAGCAUUAUUCUGUUUCUGUUUGAUUUUUUAAAUGUUGUAAUAGGUGUUUGUUGUGUCCUGCUGUGAAGAUCUGUCACCAAAAAGUCUGAAUUAGGUCAUCUGGUUUUUCUAUCUAUUUAUGUGUCCUAUGUUAAAAAUAUUUCAUUAAUUUUAUUAAAUUUGACUUUUAUACAAACACUGAUUUAGAGAAAUUAACUGGCUUUUUGAAUGUAAGCAAAAAAAAAAAUUAUAACAAAGUCACACCAAAACACCUUUUAGAUAUUUUAUUUGAAUUUUGAUUUUUUUUUUCGAACUUCGGUUGAAGAUGAGAAACGGAAAAUUGCUACAACCUGCUCUUGUGUGUACAUUUAAAACAAGUUUUUAUUUGUUAGAUGAUUUGACAAGAUUUUGCUGUGGGCAGCCACAAACUAGUGGUACAAAAUUUUUAAAUCCAACAUUUUCUUGUUUUAUUUGAAAAAAAAAAAUUCUAAACAUACCAGGAAAUGAAAAUUGACUGAAUUAUGUUUUAGGUCAACUUUUUACUGCCAGUCUUUAGUUUUGAUCUCGGGAGCAUGCAUCCGGUCUAGUUUACAUUUUUUCACAACAACCAUCUACCUUUCUCUCAGAUUUGUGAGGACUAGGCACAGUUAUCACCCACAACCUGACUCUGGACUUCAGAGUGAGUUUUUUUAUUCAAACAGAAGCACAAACGGCCAACGAGAGUGCACACGGGAAAGGCUCCUUCAAAGGUAAAACAAGCACAUAAAUCUCAAACUCAACUGUGAAUCAAGCGCUUUUCAACCUCCUCGAUUAACUGCACUCAUCUGUUUUUUUUAGCGUUAGUUGCACGUUUCAUCAAAGAAAGGCAUCUUGGAGUCGCUGGAACUCUGAAAAAUUGGCAACUUUUAUUUCUUCCAAUUACAGACAACACUCCAAUAUAAGAGAAAACCAGCAAUAUAUGUCAGCUCGCUCAGAAAACGUAAUAAUGCGUUUAAAAUUGGCAGACAACCGGACAAAGCAACAGGAUGUGAGAAACUCAGAGAAUUUGGCACAAUUUAGUCUGUUUUGCCUAUAGUGUUCAAAAUCGUGUUAUUUAUACAUGUUUUGUUGGUUUAAUCAAGUCUAUUUUCUUAAAAUUGAACAAAUUGAACUUUCUAUGGAUUUUUUGGGUUUAGUUAUCAGUCUUCAGUCUAAACAAAUCCUCGUUGGCCUUUAAAACCUGUCAGUCAAACCUUAGUGCCUACAAACGCCAACACACACCCAGUCAAUCCCACUUUUCAAACUUUCUUUUUUUGAAAAUAUUCUUUUUUUCUACUCCAUUCUGUGAGGCCCCGUGACGAAAACCAGCAGAUCCCAGAGCGCUACCCGGGUUUUCUCCACCCAUUUGUAGGCCUGCGUGAACCUGAAGCUCCAGUUAUUUCUACCGUUUAACUUAAGCACAGCUUCCCGUUUGUGUUGGUCUCUGGUUUUCUUCUUUUUUAUUGUUCUGGGGGGAAAUGAAAAAAAAAUUCUAAAAUAGUUUACGACAGUCCAAACAUCAGGAAUAAACCACUGCACGGUGGUCACUUUAGAUGAAAUAACUUGAAGCGCCAGUUUUUUCCAAAAUGUUUUUCAAGUGUUUUAAUUAUGUGACUUAAGUUUGUCAUUUGACUCGGCUUCCUGGUCGUGUUCGUCACGUGAAAACACAGAAACAGCUUGAAAGAUGUGAUGAUGUGCAAUAGGAACGCAGCUGCACAUCCAUGUGGAAAGCUCAGUUUUCAACCGGAUUUAUGUUUGAUUAACUUUCAAAUCUGCUGAUUUAUGCUAAUUAAAGCUGAUUUAUUAAUAAAUGCUUAGUUCUGGUCCCAUAAGGACGCUGGCCCGCUCUCUGACCUUUAUUUUUUUCACUCCUGAUAAAUUUUAACCAUUUUUGUCCACCUGACAACUUCCAGGAAGCCUGAGUACUCACUUUGCCAUUUUGAAUUUAAUGUCAGCCAUAAUUGUUCUUAUGGUGUGUGUGUGUGUGUGUGUGUGUGUGUGUGUGUGUGUGUGUGUGUGUGUGUGUGUGUGUGUGUGUGUGUGUGUGUGUGUGUGUGUGUGUGUGUGUGUGUGCGUGCGAGGAGGUGGCGUUUGUAAUGUAGCUCUUUACACAAAGAGAACUUUAUGAAAAAGCUUGGUGCAGCAUGGACGCUUACGCCUCAUCAGGACCCAGUUGAUACCGUUGGGUCGGUGAGUGAAACAGAAAAUAAAACAGAAUAUAUAUAGACAUAUAAUUCUAUAUUGUGCAGAAUAUUUAUAGGCCUUUUGUGCCGUUGAAGUCAUGCUCUGGGCUGGCUGCGUCCAGCGCUCUCUACCAUGUGAUCAUUAUACAUCGUCUUGUACUGAUGACCCGUGGUUGAUAUGAUUGUUUUUUCAUGUCAAGUGCAUUUUUCGCAAUAAAUGCCUUUUGUUUUAAAACA